CAUUCUUGAGAUGAUCGAAUCAUCAUUGAUCAUAACAAGCGGAAUAAUUUUUUUUGAACUCAAAAUAAUCGAAAAAAUGCCCCAAUUGCAUCAUAAUCAUUGGAUAAAAUUAAUGUUAUUAGCAUUAAUUUAUCUAGGUCAAACGUCAUGUGAUCAUCAUCAUCAUCAUCAGGCCAACAUAAUCAUCAACAAUAAUAAUAAUAUUGAUGAUAUUCAAUCACAAAAUAUAAUGAAUAAUAAUCAAAUCAACAAUCUAGUCAUCAUUCGUUUGUAUCAUGCAUUCAAUUCAGAACAAAAUUAUCAAUAUCGUGGUCUUUUAACCAUACAGAAUAAUGUUCCAAUCAUUAAACAAGAUUUAAUCAAUGAUGAACAAUUACAAUUGUUACGAGAAUCAGCAAAAAAUGGUGACAAUUAUUAUCUGAAAGCUGAAGCUCAUCAAACAUUGGUUUUCGAACAUGAAAAACCAUAUCAGAUUACUAAAACAUUUAUACCUGCUUGUGCAUUAUUGGAAUCAUCAUUAAAUGAUCAGCUAUGGAUUUCAUUAGAUGUCAAUUCUCGAUUCGUAUAUUUAAUGGCAAAUGUUCCGAAUGUUUAUUGUUCGUCAUCAUCAACAUUAUCAACAUCAUCGAUUGAUAAUUCUUGGACAUUGAAAUCAUUCAAUACAACUGUUUUAUACAGUAAAACUGUCAUCUCUUCAGGACCAGAAACAAAAACCUAUUUAUUACGUGUUGAACAACAAAGACAGGAAAAAUUACGCGGCAAUAAACAGGAUAAUCGAUCAUUUUUAGCUAAAUACUGGAUCUAUAUUGUUCCCGUAAUGUUCUUUAUGAUAUUAUCAUCAUCAAUGAAUCCGGAGGCUGGUGGCCAAAGAUAAUCUCAUAUUGCGCAAUUUAAUCUUUGUCAUAUACAAUAUGAAUAGAAAAUCAUGUCAAAUUCCAAAUAAAAUUUAUUAUAUUCAAUGAAAAAACAAAAA